AAUUAAAAAAUGUCAACAAAAGAAACUUUGGCUUCGGAACAUCUACAACUUGUCAACAUGGCACGUCAGCAGCAAGUUGAUGUGGACGAAUUAUUUGAUGUAAAAAAUCACUUUUACAUUGGAAAUUAUCAACAAUGUAUCAACGAAGCUCAGAAAAUAAAGCCUUCGUCCCCAGAUGUUGCACUAGAAAGAGAUGUAUUUCUAUACAGAGCUUACAUCGCUCAAAGAAAAUUCAGGGUGGUAUCAGAUGAAAUAAUUCAUUCAACACCACCUGAAUUAUAUGCUUGCAAAGUAUUGGCGGAAUAUUUUGCAUCACCAAAUAAUCGAGAAGCUAUUGCAACAGAAUUCGAUCCAAUUACUAAGAAUCCUGUUCAAGGACAUACUUAUCUUACAAUAGUAGCAGCAACGAUUUACUAUCAUGAAGAAAAUUUAGAAUCUGCACUUAAGGUUUUACAAAAUAGCACUGAUUUAGAAUGUAUGGCAUUGACAUUGCAAAUUUAUUUGAAAAUGAACAGACUAGAUCUUGCAAAAGAAGAGUUGAAAGCUAUGCAAGAAAAAGAUGAUGAUGCUACUUUAACACAACUAGCUCAAGCUUGGAUAAAUAUUAGCAGUGGUGGAGAUAAACUUCAAGAUGCUUAUUACAUUUUCCAAGAAAUGAUUGAUAAAUAUUCGAGCACGAGUAUGUUAUUAAAUGGUCAAGCUACUUGUUUCAUUGGUCAAGGGAAAUACGAAGAAGCAGAAAGUGCUUUACAGGAAUCUUUGGAUAAAGACAGUAAUAAUCCAGAUACUCUUAUUAAUAUGAUUGUUUUAUCACAACACAUGGGGAAACCACCUGAAGUUGCUAAUCGUUAUCUAAGUCAGCUUAAAGAUUCCAAUUCAGAUCAUCCUUUUGUAAAGGAAUUUCUACAAAAAGAAGUCGAAUUCCAAAAACUUCGUAAUCAGUACUCUCUUUCUGCUUGAAAUUGCAGUAAAAACAAAAUGUAUUCUGAUUAGUAUGGAGCAUUUAACUUCAAAAUCAACAUAUGAUGUAACAACAAAAUUGCUGCCAUUUUAUAAUCAUAUUUACACUUAAAAGAAUAAAAAUUUAGUAUUCGAUUAAAAUAAUAACUUGUUUACUCCAAAGAAAGGUGAAAUAAUAAUUUGAAAUAUCACAAAAAAAUUGCUGUAGAUUGUGAUGAAACUCUAGCUUUGUAUCUAAUUACUUUUAAAUUUAUAAUUUUUAGAAAUUAAGGUAAUACGAACAAUAAUUGUUAAUUUUUUUAAUUAUACGAUAUAUUCAUUGCAAAAUGAAGUCAAAUAAAAUAUAAACAGAAAGUA